UGGAGGGAUGUGGGGGGUUUGCUUAUUCAUGCUCGGGGUUGACAUCAACUCCGAAGAUCGUGAUGACUUCAUGACUUUUCAGAUGCAGUGGUAUCUGCCCCACGUCCUUUAGCCGCAAUACAGCCAAUGAUGCAGUAAAGGCGGCAAGUUUCUCGGGGCUGAAUUUACGUCCGAAGCGUUGCGCUCUGUAAUCGGUCCGGACACCCCUUGCAUCAUUCACCUGCUACAUAAAGGUGCAAGGUCUGGGCUUCCGGUCUCACAUCCUUGAAUUCUGAAUACAAGAUCAGCAACAUGACCACCGCCAUCCCUGUGAUUCUCUGUGGUGCCAAGCGCGAAGUCGCAGCCCUUGUCCGCACACACAUGCUCCCGGAGUAUAAUGUUGUCUACGCCGGCCACAACCUCCCUGCUGCAGAGCAGGAGGUCCCGCUCAUUCUCGCAGGGAAGGCACCUCCAGCAUCAGCUCUCCACACUCAGGUUGGCCCAAACGACUUCACCAUCGCUCCACGCGCAGUCAUCACCGGCGGGGGAUACAGCGAGGAGAGGUUCAAGGCACUGUAUCAAGCAUGCGCCAACGCCAGCGGUGUUCUCUCUGUGCCGUUCUUCAGGACCGACAAUCAACUCACAGAUCAGUUGGCCGCGGCGGGGAAAGGUCCCGCUCACUCGUCGUCCGAGUAUCCGGCCGCAGUCACUGCGCGGUUGAAAGCCAGGCUGCGUGAGGUGGGAGUUGCACCGGGGACUACGGGCAAUCCGGAGAGCAUAGCGGGGAAGACGUAUUGGUUCUAGGAAUAUUGAGCAGCCUUUGUUCAAUAAAAAACGCAUGUUAAUCAUCGACGACAUCCUGCCAAGCAGAGGCUACCGUGCC